ACCAGGAGUCUCCGUCGCCCCACUUCGAUAUUAUGGAGAACGACCCACAUUCGAAUCCCUCAUUGUCUUCGGCGAUCAAAUCAUUAUUCAGCCUCACACCGCCGGUGGUGAAGAAAUUGCUCGGCUGGAAACAAGGCGACGAAGAAGAGAAAUGGGCCGAGAAAGCUGUGGACGCUCUCGUGAAGAAAUUGAAGAAGCGGAAGGGGGCAAUCGAGGAUCUGGAAAAAGCGUUGUCUUCCCCGACGCAACCAUCGAAAUGCGUGACCAUCCCACGUUCGCUGGACGGUCGCUUACAGGUUUCUCAUCGCAAGGGACUGCCCCACGUUAUAUACUGCCGCGUUUGGAGAUGGCCGGACCUCCAAUCUCAUCACGAACUGAAAGCAGUCGAGACUUGUCAGUUCCCUUUCGGAUCAAAACAAAAAGAUGUUUGCAUCAAUCCUUAUCACUACAAGCGCGUCGAGUCUCCGGUUCUGCCCCCGGUGCUCGUUCCCCGAUAUUCCGAAUUCCCCCCGGAAAUGAGUACCGCGAGCGCGGGGCCGCAUCCGCUCCCUCCGGCCCCGUUCCGACCGGUCCAAGAUCGGGGCAUGCCUCAGAAUGUGUCGUUCACACCCCAGGGCUGCUUCCAACGAUACGCAGCGAACUCACCUCAGCAGUAUCCGUCGCAAGCACCGUCACCUACAUCGUUGUGUCCCUCUUCGCCGCAUUCGGCCAGCAUAGCGGGCACUCCCCCUCCGGCUUAUUCAUCGAUCGAAACUGGUCAUCAUUCCUUCAGCAAUGGACCCAACGUCAACAAUCAGCAACCGAUGGAUGUUUCAGCGCCUGCUCCAGAGAUGCACGCCGUCGAUUACCAAGAACCUCAGUAUUGGUGUACAAUAGCGUACUACGAAUUGAACGCUCGAGUCGGUGAGGUAUUCCGAGCAACGAUUCAGAACAAUAGCAUUUGCAUCGAUGGAUUCACGGAUCCAUCUGAGAACUCACCGAGAUUUUGCUUGGGAUUGCUGUCGAACGUUAAUCGGAACUCGACCAUCGAGAACACUCGCCGACACAUUGGAAAAGGAGUGCGUCUCCACUACGUCAACGGUGAAGUGUACGCUGAGUGUCUGUCCGACUCGGCGAUUUUCGUGCAAUCUCGAAACUGCAAUCACGCUCACGAUUUCCAUCCGACAACCGUGUGUAAAAUCCCGCCGAACUGCUCGUUGAAAAUAUUCAACAACCACGAGUUCGCUGAGCUUCUGAGACAGGCCGUGCAACAUGGAUACGAGGCCGUCUACGAGCUCAUCAAGAUGUGCACGAUAAGAAUGUCCUUCGUCAAAGGAUGGGGGGCCGAAUAUCACAGGCAGGACGUAACGUCAACUCCGUGCUGGAUCGAGAUCCAUCUUUCGGGACCGUUACAGUGGCUCGAUCGCGUCCUGACUCAAAUGGGUACCUCUAGAGGAGCGAUCACUUCAGUUUCCUGA